AUGCCCAUUUUUUUGCGACUUGAAGAUGUCCUCGAGCAUGCGUCGACAACAUUCACGACGAGAACUACCGUGACUCACGUCGUCAAUGGCUCGUAUGUCGACGUUUCGUACGACGACUUGAACCUUAAAGUUCGCCGUCUGGCCUCUCGUAUCCAAUCUCAACUCCCCCCCGGGGGCCUUACCAAGGUACCCCUUACGUUGGAGUUUUCUAUUUCGAGAAACCUGCACCAUGUUGUGGUCAUGCUGGCAACUCUGGCCGCCGGGGCAGCCUACUUCCCCAUCGCGCUGGAUACCACCGCAUCCCAAUUUCACGCCCUACUUGAGCAAACAGGCGCCGCUGUCAUUGUUUCCUCUUCACAAGAGCUUGAACGCCUGAACGGGCUCGGCGCAGCACGGAGCCUCGCGAUCAUCGAUGCGUCCAAGGAACUGCAUGAGGAGAAUGUAUCACUGAGCAAGAAUAGCUCACUCACUGGCAAAGAGCCAGCAUAUGUACUGUUCUCCUCUGGUACCUCUGGUACGUAA